AUGCCCUUGCCUCUUCGAGGACUUCCGACUCAUACCUUCGACAUGAACGAGAAGGGUCGGUUACAGAAAAGAUUGCAAGCAACACACCAACCCCCCACUUUUGUGACUCGAGCAGAGGAAGAUUGCCGAGCCUUGAAAAGGGCUAUCACGCGGGAUACGAUUACCAAACCGACCCAUAUCUUGAAGCAGGGGCCUGGAAAGCCGUGUAGCGAAAAGUCUUCGGCAGAGCAUGCUACCUGGGAUAUUUUAUGCUACUUCGCUGCUCUAUCGGAGGAGGAAGUUGCUGGACUUGACGCUAAUGUCGAUUGCUCGUUGCGCCCUGAUGCAAGUCUUUCAUCUCUCGUAACUCGUACAUACGUUCCGAAUGCUCACUGGAUGCUAGCCUGUCCAUCUCGACCAGUACCGUUCUGA